CUGUUUAGAGAGAGUUGGCAAGGCCGAGCACCAUGAGGACCUCCGUAACUUCGUUCAUUGCAGCAGGGGCCCUUGCCUGCUCGUCCUCCACGAGCGCUUUCCUCUUCCCUUCUGCGGCCGUAGGCCUCCGUUCAGCAGCGCGGACGAGCGUUGCUUCCCAGAGCAUCAUCAGCCGCAGCAGCAGCGGCAGACGUGCGGUGAUGCUGUUCGCCGAGAAGGAGGACGGGGACGAGGAGCAAGAGCCUAUGGAUCUCGACUUGGAACAGAUGUUCGAGGUAUUCGAAGCGGCCGACAAGGAAGUAUCGGACGAAGAAGUGGGCAAGAAGGGGGACAAGAAACCAGCAGCCGGGGCGAAAGACCCAGCAGAGGCGAUGGGUGACAUGCUCAGCAGUUUCUUCGGAGGGGGGGAGAAGAAGUAGACUGUUGAUUUGACGGCUCUGCGCCUUGGCUGUGCCGCAUUGUUUCGUUUUUGGUUCCACGAUGGUGUAUACGGACGCAUCUGGAUUGUCGAUUACGUAGGUGUCUUGCUUGUAUAGUUGUGGCCGAGGAAUUCGAGUCCGUGGUUUCAUGCAACAAACGGAGUUUCGAGCGAAACAGGGUAGGGGGGCGAUCACUUGUCGUGUAAGGAUAGCGCCGGACAAAAGACAAACCAAUGGAUGGACGAUUUCGAGCACAUUGGUCAGGAAUGGCUGGACCAACGUGGGCUUCGGGGUUUAGCCAGUGUACUGUGUGAGUUGGGUUGGAGGAAGUCCUUCGACUUUCUAAAAGCGUAGGGGCAUCGCAAGUCCGAUUUGUGGCUUGUUCUACUCGACAAGAAGAGUUCUUGCUCCUAUAACCCUCUUCUUGCUGCUUUUGUCUUGUGUUUAGCAUGAAUACAGAAUGGAGCGGCACCGACGGGUGGGGUCGAAGUUUGCGCGGACAAAAAUAAAGUAACAGUAUGCAUGGAACACAAGAAUCGAUUUUUUUGCUUUCACCACACCCGUGAGUGUUUGCCGACCGGAACACGGGUAACGCAUUAUGAAUGUCUGCGUCGAGCCAAGCAUGGUAGAGCGGGUAUAGUGUGCGUCUUGCCCUCCAUCUAUUCUGGACGUCAGCGUUGCAACUUCCACAUGUUGGACGUACCAACAGCCUCAUACAGG